CCCUUGGUGGGGAGGAGCUUGGCCGAGGUUAGGUACACCAAACUCCGUUGGCUUGAGAUCUUGGAGUGGCUGCUCGCUGAAUACGGCAAUCCGCAUGGACCACAUUUUCCUCGCUCCCUGUUAGUCGCUAGGCAUGCACAGAGCCAUAACCUUUGCUUUGAACUGAUUCUUUUCGCUUACUUGUUUUUUUCCAAUCAUUUUUUAUUUGCGCGACCGUUCUGACCAAUCAUGGCGAAAAUGGAGAACAAGCAGGUCAUAUUUAAAGAUUUCAUAGAACGAGCUCCUCAGGAGACGGAUCUGGAACUCAAGGUUUCAGAAGUCGAGCUGAAGUCUCCCUCAGGAUCAGGAGCUCUUCUCGUUAAGAACCUCUACCUCUCUUGCGACCCUUACAUGCGGGGUCGCAUGCGUGAUUUCCACGGAUCCUAUAUUCCGCCCUUCGUUCCUGGUCGGGUCGUUGAAGGAUUCGGUGUGUCUAAAGUUGUACAUUCUGAUGAUCCAAGUUUCAAGCCUGGUGAUGUGAUUUCGGGCUUGACCGGCUGGGAAGAGUACAGUUUGAUAAAAAAGGCUGAGCAGUUGAGAAAAAUUCAGCUAGAUGAUAUUCCACUCUCGUACCAUGUGGGUCUUCUUGGUAUGCCAGGUUUUACUGCUUAUGCAGGAUUCUAUGAGGUCUGCUCCCCCGGCAGGGGAGAGCAUGUUUUUGUAUCAGCAGCUUCAGGUGCAGUCGGUCAGCUUGUGGGCCAACUUGCUAAGUUGCAUGGGUGCUAUGUCGUUGGAAGUGCUGGCUCAAACCAGAAAGUCGAUCUUUUGAAAAAUAAACUUGGAUUCGAUGAAGCAUUUAACUACAAAGAAGAACUAGACUUGAAUGCAGCUUUAAAAAGGUAUUUCCCACAAGGCAUUGAUAUAUACUUUGAUAAUGUCGGCGGCGAAAUACUUGAUGCAGCUCUCCUUAACAUGAGAAUUCACGGUAGGAUUGCCGUCUGUGGGAUGGUGUCUCAGCAUAGCCUCUCUAAUCCCAAGGGGAUUCACAAUUUGUUCAAUCUUAUAACGAGGCGCAUCAGGAUGCAGGGUUUUCUGCAAAGUGAUUACUUGCACUUGUACCCACGCUUUUUGGAACAUGUUAUAUGUUACUACAAACAAGGCAAGAUUGUGUACGUUGAAGACGUCAGUGAAGGUCUGGCUAGUGCUCCUGCUGCUUUUGCUGGACUUUUUGCCGGCAAGAAUGUUGGUAAGCAAGUUAUUCGUGUUGCCCAUGAAUGAUUUUUUUUUUUUUCCCUUUUCUUUUCUUUCCCCCCACCAAGCCAUGCUUUGACGUUAGUAAUUAUUAGCUUUGGGAGUAUUGGCACCAACCUGAUGUGAUAAUCUCAUGGUCGUCGAUUAGCCGAAACAUUCAAGAGGGUCACUGCUUUUCUCUUUUCGUGGAAGAUUUCAUAUUUUUUUCCCAUGACUGUAUCGAUUGUAUACUAUAUCAACAACCAACUUUUUAGAUAUAUAAUCAAUAAAUUCCAAUUAAUAA